AUCUCAUCGUAUCAUCAUAGCUAAUGUCUUCUCUUCGUCACUUUAGGUUUGUUUGAGCAAAGUUAUGCCUCGAAAUUAUAAAAUGAUACAAUCAGUAUUAGCAUUAUGUUUGAUUUUUGUUAUCAGUGUACGCACGGAUGAAGUGAAAUGUCCAAAACCUGAACAGUUGGAAAGUAAAGAGUCAUUCUGCUAUAGAAAUCAUGUCGAUAUUCUGGAUCGGCUCUAUGAAUCAUCUCAAUCCAUUCUCAACUUGGCGAAGAAAAAAUUAGGAAGAGAAGUAGUGGAAAACGAGAAAGUUCCUGAAAAGUGCGAAUACUAUCAGUGCAUUCUUCAAGAACUACAUUGGCUGAAUUCUAAGAAAUAUCCUAUAUAUGAUGUGAUCAAAACUUGGGUGGAAGAGAACGUUGUGCUCUCACAAGGGAUGGACUUACUGGAUAGGUUGAAGAUUUGUAAUGAUGCUUUAUCGAACAGCACAGUUCAAAACUUACGUUUUAGAGGUAACCUUGAAUUGGAGGAAUAUAUGACUGAGGAAGAGAAUGACCUGACAAGAAAAUGCGAAAUGGAUGCCGAAUUCUUGAGAUGUCUAUCGCUUCAAAAAGGGUGUCCUGUUUUCCAAUACCCGUGAAAGGAGAUAAAAUCAAAUCAAGUAUACCCACUUUUUAAAGUAAAUUAGUAA